AUGUUUCGGUGUGAAGACUGUCAUGGCACAGAUCUGAUGUGCCAUACAUGCACUCUCUGUGUACAUGAGAGGCAACCGCUUCACAGAAUAGAGUGUUGGAACGGUACUUCAUUUCAGGUCACUACGUUGAAAGCCUUGGGUGUCCGCUUCCAACUUGGGCAUCCUGUCGGUAUUCAAUGUAUCAAUCCAAAGUCUGCAUCCAACAACGACUUUGUCGUCCUCGACUGCAAUGGCGUCCAUGAAGUUGGACUCGAUUUCUACAGAUGUGAGUCUGCUCAGCCACACAUUACCCAAUUGCUAUGUCCGCUACAUUUUAGUGUGCUGGAAUAUUUUCAAAUGCUGUCCUUCAAAUCUAAAGCCUCAGUAUGGGAAUUCUAUAAUACCAUUGCUCGCCUCACAGACAACACAGGUAUCCGUGUCCUAAAGAAUCGUUACGAGUCCUUCCUCCAUAUGGUACGUGAAUGGUGUUUCAUAAUGCAGAUGAAACGCUGCAGCCAGGGUCAUCAUCCCGGAGGCAUUAAGACAAUAGAAGCAGGCACUUGCGCUGUGUUAUGCCCUGCCUGUCCCCACCCAAGCAAAAAUUUACCUGUUGGGUGGGAAAACACGCCACUGGAAUUCCAAUUUUUGUAUGCAUUAUUCCUGGCUAUCGACACUAAUUUCCGACUCAUUUGCCAUAAUGUAUCAUCAGAUGCUGUUGAUCCCGGGCUGAAUCGCGGAUAUGCUUUUUUUGUUGAAGAGACUGAAUACAAGGAUAUACUGGCUUCAUGCAACAGGGUGGGCAAUGCCCAGGAGAAGAGCACGUGUUCUAGCCACUCUGCAGUCAACCUGGCGGAUACAAGGGCUUCACGUGGACUUGCAGCAAUGGGUGCAGGAACCAUUGAUUGUGUGCGGCACAACUUCAAACGCCCUUGUUCAGUUGGCGAUUUGCAAAAGAGGGAGAGGUACAUCAACAUGGAUUAUCUCUUUUUUUCAAGCAUGCGUUCUUCACAAGGCGUUCACGUCCUCAACAUAUCUUAUGACAUUGCCUGCCAAUGGAACAAAAAUCUUUGGUCGCACAUGUCGGCAUUCCCGCACAAAUUUCAUCUCAACCACGACGAAAAGGUUAUUACAUUCCUUGUACCUAAAUUUCACCUACCAGCGCACAUCGCUCGUUGUCAAACCAGGUUCUCGUUCAACUUUAUCAAGGGUGUUGGGUGGACAGAUGGCGAAGCUCCGGAGCGCGGGUGGGCAGAUAUUAACCCUCUUGCUACAAGUACUCGCGAGAUGGGACCCAGAUCCAGGCGAGAUACCAUAGACGAUCACUUUAACGAUUGGAAUUGGAAGAAAGUAUGUGCUAUGGGCGCCAUUCUUCUCCGAAAAUAUAAGGCCGCGGUACCUGAGGCUGAAGAACGUGCUCGUGAUCUUGACAAAUUCGAUGCUGCCCUUGAUGCUGACCAAUUAGCUGGGUGGAGAACAGAUAUCAAGAUGUGGGAGUUGAACCACUCUUUGCCAAACCCCUUUGAAGUGAAGGUGGGGGCUACGGUGACCCAGGCUGCCGUGCGUCUGGCAUUAUCGAAGACCGAGGCAGAAGAAAUCGAGUGUGGUGAACACAUGUCCCUGGACGAUAAUGUAUCACCAUUGGUUCUUAUCUCUUCGGGAAUAGAACUAGAGGACACUCAAAAAGUCAAGAUACUUCAGCACGUCAAUACCCUCUGCCGCAGAAUUGAUACCUGGUCCCGCAUACAAUUGCUGUACAUGCCAUGUGACAAGGUCCACAAGAUCAAUCUUUUUCUUCCUUCUUCGCUACCCUCGAGCUUCCCAUGCGACGUUCACUUGCUAAGGUAUGAAUGGGAUUUACAUGAAGCCCAAGCAAAUGAUGCGCUCAGCGAUCUCCGCACUGUCAUCAAUAUGACCUACCACCUCUACAAGUACAAGGACGCUUUUGUCCAAGGUCAGUGCGCGAACACUCGUGCUCAAGGUAUUAUCCAUUCGGCUGAAAGCCGAAUCGAUGCAAUAUUGGUCAAGUACACUGCCGCCAGAGAUGUGCUUGUAAUGCUUGCAUCAAAACUUGACAGGACAAAGGACGCAGUCCCUCUCAAACACGAUGAAGGGAAGACAGUCGGCCAACAGAAUAUAUCGUGGAUAUGGAAAACGGCCGGGGUAUCCAACAAUCAGGAGGAGGGACUACAGGAUUCGCUACACGUGGAAUGGUGUAAAGCAAGGGCUCGAGCUCACCGGUGGGAGGAGGAAGUGCUGCUUUUGCGUGAGGAAAUGCGCCGUGUUCUUGCUUUCUUUGAGUGGCAGGCUGGAUGGUGGGAUAAACAAGGCACACGACACCAAUUUGUCUCACAUGAAUUUACAGAGGGGGCACUCACAUAUGCACAUCGCCAGGCUACGCUACAUCACAGAAUGUCUACACACUUCAGGUUGUUGUGGGAAGCUGUCCCAUCAUGGACUCCUGCUAGUGUCACCAUGCCUCUCACAUGUACACCAUAG